UGUGUGUACACACACGCGCAAGCUCCGUGGGCGACGCGCACACGUACGUGAUCCGUUUGCGUCUCUCUACGUGCGCGGUGAACGCGGGCUGACACCGAGUCGCAAUUGGAGUUGGUAAACUGGUCGGACCCGCGGUGAGGAAGGUCGAGAGUGCGUCGUCGGAGAGUUCGGCGGGACGGGUUUCACGCAGGAUCGUCGGGCAGCGGACCGGGCGACGCUUGUUCGGCAGCGCGAAUCGGUUCGCGACGGUGACCGUGAGAUAACUACGUAUCAGCGACGAUGUCCGUGAUUAUGGAUUGUUGUUGUCAGUAGCGGGCGCUACGCGUGUGAGACACUGUUUUCUCGGCGUACAUAACGCGUAUACGUAUUGGUCGCUCUCUGCCUGUCUCUCUUUCUCUCUCUCUCUCUCUUUCUCCCCCUUCGCGCGAGUAGGCGAACCGGAGCUUGGAGAAUUGACGUCUCUUGUCAAUUCGGAGCGCCUUGACUUGAAACUGCUCUCUCGGUGUGUGCGCGCGCGCGUGUGUGUGUGUGUGUGCGUGCGUCCGCCCGCCCGCUCGCUUCGUUUUUCGCACGGCCCUCGCCGGGGAGACGAUAGUUUUCCUCGAGCCUCAGUCUCGAAGGAGAGGCGAGCGCACCUUUGUUUAUCGGUGGUUCGUCACGUCGCGUCGCGUCGCGUCAUCGCGCGGUCUCUCGCUCUCGUUCGCUCCAGUGUGUCCUCUCCCUCUCUCUCGGCUUUAUCGAGCAGCGCACGUAGGACAAGUACCCGUUCGUGGCUCCUUGCGGGAGUGGAGGGCCUUGAUCUCGCCAAGCUUGCUCUGGAACUCGAUCACCUCCCCCCCCCCUCUCCAAAUCCUUAAUUAGCUAUCUGUAAUGUGCAAGUACAGUAAGGAAACCGGGAAGACCACUACGUCGACAAUUAAUCUCGUGCACUCGAAAAGGAAAGGAAUUUUCAUACCCAUAAGAGAGAUGCCCAGCGACCCGAUAAGUCCGCGAAGUCACAGAAGCUUCCUGACGUUUCGCUUCUACUGAACGGCCCGGCCGUCGACAGUCUGAGCAAACGUCUAUCUAGAUUCGCCUGGACAGCGAGCGGCGAGCACUCGUGAGGGUCACGAGAUGUCAACGUUGUAAGGUGUUGUCAAGCCCCUCGGCCAAAGGCAACACCGUAGACGCGACGCACUUUUCAGCUCUCCGAGGCAGAAGCCCGCGGUUUCCUCGCGUACAGUCACAAGGGAUCGCAGUUGUCAACAGGAUGAAGUUGCUGGAAAAUACGCAUUUGGAAGCUAUAAACAGUGCCUUGUCCAUCCAGACUGGAGAUAGCAAGAUAAUCGGCAGGAUCGAGAGCUACUCCUGCAAGAUGACGGCCAACGACAAGCAGAUGUACAAACGGUAUAACGCGGAGCAGGGUGGUACGCCGCACGACCUGCAAGCUUUGUCACCUCCGCAGACAUCCUUGGGAACGUCUCCGGCUCAGGGAUGUUUGAGUCGUAGCGUUUCCGGGGACGAAGAGGGCCCGCUGUGCGACACGAUCAGCAGGAAGACGUUGUUUUAUCUCAUCGCCACGUUGAAUUCAACCUUCAAUCCGGACUACGAUUUCUCGGACGCCAAGAGCCACGAGUUCAGCAAGGAGCCGAGUCUACAAUGGGUGAUGAAUGCGGUGGAUGGUAAUCUCAACGCCACCGCGGGAGAUCACUAUCGCUCGUUGCGUUCCGCCCUUUGGGCCGCCGUCGACACGGAGAUAUCGUUGCACGGGUGUGAUAUUUACAGUUACAAUCCGGACUUCGCGUCGGAUCCUUUUGGGGAGGACGGGUGUCUGUGGUCCUUCAAUUAUUUCUUCUACAACAAAAAGCUGAAGCGCAUCGUAUUUUUCACGUGCAGAGCGAUAAACCCUCUUUACGUGCCGGAUUCUGGGGUCGGCAGUGACUUCGCCAUGGACGAAGACGACGAAGACGGCUAUUAGAUGAUUCGCGUACACAUAGACACACAUACAUGAGUUCACAUUUACAAUUCUUAUAAUGACUUCGGUUCCUUGCACUAGUGCGCACUGAGUACAUACUACGACUUGUUUAUAAUUAAUUUCACUUCAAUUGUUAGAUUUCACUUCACCUUACGUAUAUGUUCAAACAACUUAGCCACAAAAUGAUCUUUACAGAUGCUGUGCAUAUCAUUUUACUAGCUAAGAAAUAUUUCAAGAGAUAUAAGGAUUGUCAACAAUAGAUGAAGUAAGCCUGGCUUAAGGAGUAAGAGUAGGAGUGAAGAAAGGAACCAUUUCCGUUUCUUACUUCUAUUUCAGCUCUGACGCUUAUUCUCGGCGAAUUAGAGCACAGUUCGACUAGUGCUACAAAUAAUUUAAAAAACGAUGCUUGCACUUUAGCUUUUAUACUGAAAGGUAAAGGCUAUGGUUUUCUUACUUCCAAUGUAGACGGUUUUUAAGACGAUCCGUUGUAUCCAACUAGUAGAUCGAAACAAAUGAUGGAGUAGACCUACUAGUUAUACUAUGAUCGGGACCGCAAAGAUCAAAGGGGCCGAUAGAGAGUGGGCCUACUAGUUAUGCUUUGAUAUAGGAAUUGAAUGUAAACAAGCUUUGGUGUGCACCCAGUGCAGGCGACCGAACUCGCUAUUAGCUUAAAACUUUGAAUCUUCGUACUACUCUGAUUUUCAUUACGAAUUCCGUCGGAACUUUCUGGAUAUCGUUCUCGAACUUCUGUGUUUCGUUAGUCAUCACUGGAUACGUCACUUGCGGCAAAAAUCUCUCUUAGAUGAUAAAGGACUAAAGCCUGAUCUGCAAUGUGCUCUUUGCGUCUAGAAACAUUUUACUUUGUAGACAAUAAAUAUGUUUAAAAAAUUCGUGCAAGUUGACAAAUUGUACAUUAUACAUUUGCACAAACGUACGUUGCCGGCAAACAUCGUAAUGACUCGCUUAUAUAAAAUAAAAUGUUCUUAUCGUAAUGACUCGCUUAUAUAAAAAAAAAGUCCAGACGCGAGGAGCACAUUGUAGAUAGAUCAGACUUUACUUUCGUAGUUUAUUAAGCGACAUUGAUAUACCCUUUAACGAAGUCUCUCGCGAGAAAUAAUAAUUUCUUUUUAAGACGUAGAUUAUAUAUAUAUAUAUAUAUAUAGAUCAUAUUAUCUCUAUGGAAAAAUCCUUACAAAUUUCUUAGAACCAAGUCCUAAGGAUUCUUCUCUGUCUUUGUGAUGUAAUUACGUUACUACUCUCGACAUAAUACUAAACGUAUAUUUUGAAGGCAAAUUGUACGUAAUAAAGUCCAAUAAUAACUCUGUUAUAUGCGA